GGCAGUUAUGUCAAAACGUUAAGCAAAAACAUCCGUACCGAUAUUUGCACCAAAACAUGGCUCACCUAAUACAGAAAACGCGUGAAUAUUUAGUUGUUAGGUACAUUUGGCUUAACUUUCAAAAGCUAGACAUCCGCCAUGGCCAUACGCUACGUGGUAAAGCACCGGGAGUUGCCAAAACGUUGGCGGAACGUUUAAAAGCGGAAAAAGUACUCGAUCCCGCUAUCACCGAACCGGUAAACAUUGGAUUUCCUUACAUAAAACCGUCCAGAUCGUCACAACUGUCGGAACGACUUGCACACCUGAAGUCGCAACGAGCCAAUCCCGCACUGGAACGAUUAGCAAGGGAGCGAAAAUUGGAAGUUGAUCUGGAACAGGUACGAGCAGAUUGGUUGAAAACAAGUGGACCGUUUCACGUAAAACGAAUUGCGGAGCAUUACGGCGUAUUUAAGCAUCUGUUCGGAUAUGCUUAUUUUGUGCCGCGCGUAAAACUAACUAUUCAGUACCAAGUGGGUGAUUUGGUGCAUCCAGUGCGAUAUGGAAAUAUUCUGAAGCCAAGUGAAGCACAAACGGCUCCGAAUGUGCAGUUUGAUGGAAAGUUUGUAUUUACCGGCGACAAGGGCAGCGAGGAAAAGGAAAGCUUGUGGUGUCUGCUGAUGACCAAUCCCGAUGGGCAUUUUGAGGAUAGUGAAAAGGAAUACUGCCACUGGUUUGUAGGAAACAUUCCCAAUGGUGACAUCAAAAAGGGUGAAGAGUUGAUAUCAUACCUCCAACCGUUUCCACCGAAGGGCACCGGCUAUCAUCGACAUGUUUUCGUGCUGUACAAGCAGAAUGCUCGUAUCGAUUUUUCGCAGUAUCGACUAACGGAUACAUACGAUCUGCCCGGACGGACGUUCCGUACGCUCGAUUUCUAUCGUCAGCAUCAGGAUAGUAUUACGCCCGUUGGUUUGUCAUUUUUCCAAUCGGACUGGGACACAAGUUUGCCCGCGUUCUAUCACGAGAAGCUACAGCUGCAGCAUCCCGUAUUCGAGUACGACUUUCCGGCACCGUAUAUUAGGGAGCAGGAAUGGUUUCCACUCCGGAAGCCAUUCAAUCUGUACAUGGAUAAAUAUCGUGACCCGGCACAGAUCCGGAAAGAAUAUUUGGCACGAAAGCUCGCCAAAACGCAUCCAUUUAAUGGACCCGAGCCUCCGCUACGUUUCCCCAAUGCACAUCCGGUAACUGAUGUGCCUUCCUGGUUGCGUACAGAAAUUAAAAAGGAUCGUCUUGGAUGGGGUAGGAUAAACGAUAUAUAGUCUAUGAGCGCUAAAUUUGUACUGGAAUUUAACAAACUUUAUCAUUAGAGUACAGUCAUAAUACACGGAAUGUUUCAACGUAUAAA